AUGGGUGUAGAAGAGGUGGUUGCAAUCUUUCUUUACAUAUUGUCUCACGAUGUUAAAAAUCGGAUAAUUAAAAGACAGUUUAUGAGGUCUGAUCAAACUAUAAGCAGACAGUUCACGAAGGUGUUGCAGGCUGUGUUAAGAUGUCAUACUGUUCUACUCAAACGCCUUGAGCCCGUCCCCGAAAACUCAACUGACAAGUGGAAAUGGUUCAAGAAUUGCCUAGGAGCUCUAGAUGGGACCCACAUCAAGGUAAAUCCCCUACAAGCUUAUAAGCCUAGAUAUCGGACUAGGAAGGGUGAGAUAGCAACAAACAUGUUGGGUGUUUGUUCGCAAGAUGCCCAAUUUAUUUAUGUUUUGCCUGGAUGGGAGGGAUCGGCUGCAGAUUCAAAGGUCCUCAAAGAUGCUAUAUCUCGUACGAACGGAUUAAGGGUGCCAAAAGGUUACUAUUAUCUGUGCGAUGCUGGUUACAUGAAUGAGGAAGGAUUCCUUACACCUUAUAAAGGGCAAAGAUACCAUCUUAGUGAGUGGAGACAUGGGGCACAGCCAACGACACCGCAAGAAUUUUUUAACAUGAAACACUCAGGUGCUAGGAAUGUCAUUGAACGAUGUUUUGAGAUGUUGAAGGGCCGUUGGGCGAUUGUAAGGUCAAAGUCCUUUUAUCCAGUUAAAACGCAUUGCAGGAUAAUCACUGCAUGCUACUUGCUCCAUAAUCAUAUUAGAAGAGAAAUGCCAAUUGACCCUUUAGAGGAUAAUAUGGGGGACAUGGCAGUACCUGAAGAUAAUUUUCAAGGACAUGAAAUGAUAAGUCAUGUGGAGUCAUCUAAAGCCUGGACACAUUGGAGGGAUGAAAUGGCGCAGCAAAUGUUUGACACAUGGAGGAAUAAUGUUUGA